UUAGUCUCUUGUUGACAGGUUGGAGGAGAAAAAAACAAUUCUUCAUUCAGCAGUCCAAGACAUUAUUGAGCUAGUGCAUCAAUCACCAAAACUAGCUCAAGAUUCUGAGUUAUUCCAUUCUGUGUUUGAGAAUGCCCAGAAUUUAAUGGCUUUGAAGCCUGGAGUAGCACAUGAUCCUAGCCUAACGUCUGACCAAUUCGAUGAUGAUUUUUGGGAUAACCCAGAUAAUAUACUAGCGCUAGAGCAAGCUGAACAGGCUGCGCAAAGGGGGAAGUCAUUGAUGGACGCUCCUACUUUUAGCUUAGGGUUAUCGACCAUUGCAAGGGGGUAUGUUACCCCUCCACCACAGGCUACCAUUCGUUUGGGGGGCUCACAUAGUGCAUUGUCGGGGGAAUUAAAGUUGGUACCUUGUGACCGUAAGGGAAAAUCACCGUUGAACACCAGCCCCCAAAUGCUCACGGGUUAUUUGAGCGCUACGCUAGUUGAAGUGUGUACCGUCCUAUGGGAUUGGGUUUUUGACAACUCCCAGGCUGAUUUUGGUGAGGUAUUGUUCUCGUACCAUGGACAGAAUGCACUAUGGCGGGACUUUCGGACUUUGCAACAGGGCACACAUGUUUCUGCUGCAGUCGUUGAUGCAUGGUCUAGUCUGUUGAAUGCACCGGUAGAAACAAGGAGGUGGGGCAUGCCGUCGCGCUUGUUUGCAUCAUUAUCCACUACGCAAGGCACGGUGAUCUCUGCUACUGCUGACCGUGACGAAAGGCUAAACUGGUUCUCGAAACGCCUUAAUGCAGAUCUCCGGUCAUCAAAAUAUGUUGGUUGGAGUUGUAUAGACUUGUUUGUUUUCCCCAUUAUUGACCGUGGACACUAUUAUGUUAUGAUCGUCUGCACAAAGAAUCGAAGGUUUGAUAUUAUAGAUAACUGCUCGUCUCGGUUGUCUAACAAACAGAGAUAUGGGAAAACACCUGAUAAUCUGAUUGACUUGCUUACCUCGUUCCUAGAGCUCAAUGGCCACCCCUUUCGUGCUGUUUUGGUCCGAAACUUGGAACCCAAGAGGUUGCAGAUGGGUUGGCAGGUCACAUCUAAUAAGCAUGACUCUGGAAUUUAUACCAUGUGUCAUAUGGAGUUGUUCACUGGACAACGGUGUGCUGAAUUGGACUAUGGGUUGGUAAAAGGGGAUACAUGGUAG